CCUGUUUUGACUUUUCCGCACGCACUAUGCUCGCAAACCAACGGCUUGCUUCGUCCGUCCUCCGCGCUCGGCCCACCGGUAUCAUUCGGUCUCAGCCUCGUCGUCUGGCCCACGGCACCCACACAUAUUACGACGCCGUCCCUUUUGGCUACCGUAACAAGAAGGCGUUCAGGAUCAAAUAUGUCGCAUACCUCGGAACGGGCUUCGCUCUGCCGUUCGUGGCCGUUGGCUAUCAACUGCACAAUUGGGCAGGAUCUUCGGCAUAGCCCGCAGCCCAGUCUAUCCCUCUCACUUGCCCACCUAACGCCUCGGGCAUUUCUCCCUCUCAGAACACAGAUCGCGAACAAUAUUGUACCAUGAGCAUUGUACUAUAUAGACCAGACGCGAUGAGCAAUCAAAA